AUGAAGUGCCUAACAGUUUUUCUGUUCAUACAAACAGUUCUCAGUCUUGCAAUCACAUCAACACCGACGCCAAGCGAUCUCAUCCAGGUUACUGCGACUCCUGCCUUGUCACCAGUUCAACAUGUCACUUGGCCAACAUUGACACCCAGCAUCACCGAAGUGCAGCUACCAAUUAUCCCUUCAGCUGUCAUUACCUUAGCACCGUUAAUAGCCAAUCCACUCGAGAGACGCCAACGAUGUUGGGAUGACCGCGGAUUCAGCGUUGACUGCGCUACAUGGACGGGCUACUACUACACUUGGGGCCCUCCCGGAAAUCCAUAUGAGGGUGGUCCUGGAGAAGGAGGCGGCGGUUCCGGCGGCGGCAGCAAUGGCGGGGGCAAUGUUGUGGUUUAUCAGAGCGAUACCGGCAGACUGGAUAUGGCAAUCUGGUCUCUCAUUCUUGGUGUCCUUUGUCUCGGGGUCGCCUUUUUGCUCUGA